AUGGGGGUGCGCCAAGUAUGCUUACAAUCAGUGGAGUCCAUCUUAACGGAAUAUGCAGAAGUCUUCCAGGACCUCGGGGCUUCACGAACCCCUCCAAUUGGUAUUGAUAUUGAUACGACAGCAUCACCCAAGUUUUUUAAAGCACGUUCGGUGCCCUUUGCCCUUCGUUCAAAGCUAGAUGAGGAGCUUGACAAGCUAGUAGCUCAGGAUAUUUUUGAACCCAUGAGACACUCAAGGCGGGCCACACCCAUCGUACCAGUACUUAAAAAGGAUGGCAGCUUAAGAAUUUGCGGUGACUAUCGCUGCACUGUGAAUACAGUUGUGAAACCUGAUGUAUACCCCAUUCCUACGGUGGCUGAACUGUUUUCCAGACUGGCAGGGGGGGUGCUUUUCAGUAAAUUGGACCUCAAACAAGCUUACCAGCAGCUGGUGCUGGACGACGAGGCUGCAGAGCUUCUCACUAUAAACAUCCAUCGCAGGCUGUUUCGGGCCCGCCGCCUGCAGUUUGGAGUAUCGACAGCUGCGUCCAUAUUUCAGCGUUUCAUGGAUACACUCCUCGCCGGUAUACCAGGCAUGCAACCAUACCUGGAUGAUGUCUUAAUAGCGGGAAAGACUGUUGACCAGCACAAUGACCGUCUUCGUGCAGUGCUGGAACGAUUCGCAGAAGCAGGAUUGCAGCUACAGAAGGAGAAGAGUGUGUUUGCUGCUGACCAAGUUGAAAUUUUAGGUUUUCGUCUUCAGGCUGAUGGCGUGCUCACACACUAUGACGAAACAAAGCCAUUAGCCAUUGUUUGUGAUGCUUUGCCUUAUGGCUUGGGGGCGCUGCUCUUCCAUAUGGAGUCCAAUGGCUGGGAGGCUCCCAUCGUCUUUGCCUCGAGGACACUAUCCUCCACUGAAAGAAAUUAUGCCCAAAUAGAUAAGGAGGCCUUGGCGGUAAUUUUUGCAGUAAAAAAAAUUCACCAGUACCUUGUUGGUCGCCACUUUGUGGUUUUUACUGACCACAAACCUCUUUUGGGCCUGCUACACCAAUCUAAGCCCAUGCCACCUGUCCUGUCCCCAUGCAUGCUACGCUGGAGUGUUCUUCUUGGGGCCUACGAUUACGAAUUGUGCUACCGCCCUGGCAAACAGCUAGCAAAUGCUGAUGCGCAUGGCUGGCCAGUGGAUACACCUUACAGCCGUUUCAAGCCGUUUUUCACCCAGUGCCAUGAACUGUCCGCACACAAGGACUGCCUAUUAUGGGGGAGUCGUGUAGUUAUUCCCAACCUGGCGAGGGAGGAGGUACUAGCCAUGCUGCAUGAUGCACACCCAGGCACUGUGCAUAUGAAGGGCCUGGGGAGGAGUUAUGCCUGGUGGCCAGGUAUGGAUUUAGCAAUAGAACAGACAGUAAAAUCCUGUGAAACCUGCCAGAGAACUCAUCAUGCACCACCAACAGCACAGCUGCACCCUUGGGAGUGGACAACUAAGAAAUGGUCUCGGCUACACAUUGACUUUGCUGGUCCAUUCCAGGGGAAGACAUUUCUCAUAAUUGUGGACUCACACUCUAAGUGGUUAGAGGUUGCCAUGGUGAGUUCAAUGUCCUCCUCUGCAGUGAUCAGCACACUGAGGCUCCUCUUUGCAACGCACGGGUUGCCAGAUGUCAUUGUUUCUGACAACGGUGCGGCCUUCACAUCGGAAGAAUUCAAAGAGUUUGCCAGACGGAAUGGCAUCAGAGCAGUAUCUACGGCCCCUUACCAUCCUCGUUCAAAUGGCCAAGCAGAACGUAUGGUCCAGUCAACCAAGGAGGCCCUGCCUAGGAUCACUAUCGGUGACUGGCAGACACGCCUGGCUAGGUUUCUGCUGUCACAGCAUGUGACUCCCAAUUCAGCAACAGGAAAGAGCCCUGCCGAGCGUCUCAUGAACCGGCAUCUUACCACGGCCUUUGAUCGCCUUCAUCCUGACUAUGAAAAUGAGAUCUUCGACCUUAACUUUUUGCUGGGAAUUUUUUGUGAGAUGUUUGCUUAUGUAGAUGUACUGACUGGGAUUCUUCAGUCCAAGGCAUUAGAUAUGCAGUUCUGCCCGGCCAGACUGGAAGAGUUCUGUGAAAAUAUCGAAAAGCAGAGAGACCGUUUUGAUGCGAUUUAUGGCGGGACUGAGUGUGACGUAGGUGAGCCAGGAGGACGGAGAGGUCAGGGGCACGGGGACAUUCGUUUAAAAUACCGAAAACUGCACAGUGACAUCCUCGACAACAUUCAGACCCAGAUCACAAAUAGAUUUAAAGACCACGAGAAACUUGCUUUGCUUUGCCUUCUCGAUCCACAGCAGUUCCCCAUAUUCAAAGUCACAUUUCCCAAUGCGCUCUUCUCCAGACUGACUGAGAGUCACGGGACCCUGUUCGUGCCCCGUCUGAAGACAGAACUCACAGUCAUGUAUUCUCUGGCUGAUUUUCAAGGAAAGAGCCCUGCAGACCUGCUCAUGUUCCUCCAACAGAAAAAAAAACUGCAUGACGCAAUGCACUAA